AUUUAUUUAUCUCCUUUAUCUUUCGAUAACUUUUCACAAGUCCGUGCAACAUAAUUAAAAAAAACGAAAACAAACUCAUUAUUUUCGCCAACAACAUGCCCUUAAAAUUCCCAGAAGCCGAAACAGUGUACCAACAACACCCAGAAUUGCGAAAACAGGACCUGGAAGUGUUACAACAAUGGUUAAAUUGGCAGCCACAUCUGCCACAGUUAAUCGAUAUUUCAGAAACCCAAAUAUUAUUUUUUCUUCAUAAUUGUUACAACGACGUAGAACGCACGAAAAUCGCCAUUGAACACUACUUUACCAUACGAAAUAUUUGUCCAGAAAUCCACAUUGCUCUGACCCCUGACGUUUUAAAAACCACGACUGCCACAGCGUUUGUGAAUAUUCUCCCCAAAACCACCCCCGAAGGUUACGCGAUUCUCAUGAUCAAACUCCUAGACGCAAGAGCGAAUAAUUUUAACUGCGUGAAUAACCUCAAUCUUGUCAAAAUGGUUUCAGCACUACAUGUACACCAAAAGAGUUUCCCAAAUGGAAAUGUCAUCCUCGUUGACAUGCACGGAUUUUCGUUUAGACAUUUAUUUAAAAUGAAUUUGCGUGCAGUAAAAUAUUCGCUGGAUCAUCUCAAGUAUAUUAGACUCAAAGGGAUCCACGUCAUGAACGCCAUUCCACUCACUGACCGGUUUAUAGCUUUGGUGAAGCCCUUCCUAAACAGUGAACUGUAUAAUAUGAUACACUGUCACUCUUCUAAUUCAGACACUUUGUAUAAAUACGUGCCGAAAGAGUGUCUACCUGAAGACUAUGGUGGCGAAUUGCCCCCAGUUAAAAUUUUAAGCGAGGAGUGUUUGCAGAAUAUGUUGGACAACUACGAGUUUUACGAGUGGCUGGAUAAGCAAAAGAUCGACGAGUCCAAGAGAACUGUGAAACACAAAUAGUAUAUAGUAUUAUCCGUUCACGAUCUUUAUAUAUUAUGAAAAUCUAGUAAGUUUGUUGGUAUUCCAUGCAAAAGAAUAAAAAUUCCCUGAGCUUU